AUGUUCUGUUUUGGACGUCAAGACCGGUUGACGCAGGCGGAUGUCCUCGAUGCGAUCUACAGCGAUCCGACCUCGUCAGCGGUCAACAUCCUUUCGGCAUACAUCGAGUCCAAGCAAGCAAAAGGCAGAUCCACCCAGCAUAUAUUAGAGAAACUCUUCUCUCUCGAGAUCAUCUGCGCGCUAGACCAUACUCUGCAGCCUGCGUUUCGCUUGGCAAGAGAACGGACCGGAUUGCCGACGACAAGCACGAUCCGGUUGUAUGCGUAUGAGACGGACGAUACCGAUAUCGCGCAUUUUCAGCCUCCUGUUAUCAUCAUCGACUCGGACGAACCGCCAGAAUCUCAAGUGCGUCCGACCGCGGUGCUCUCUAUGGUAGAGUCAAACCCCCGUUCCAGUGCUACCAUCACCAUGUCAGGCGGCUCACUCUCGUCGCCCAUCACUUCGAACGUCGUCCUCGCUGCCUGGACGUAUCCAGAAGCUGACAAAGCUGCUGGUGCAAAGAGCACACACUCUUGGCAAACGAUCUAUGAGGAUGGAGGAUCCCUUCGGUCUGCACCCGAGAGCGCUGCCGUUUCUCACCCAUCCUCGAAGAGCUCUGGACAAUCUCGACCCUUGACACGGCUCGCCUCCAGCACCUCAUACAGCGCAAGCGAUGGUUCUUCGGGUACGAUUUAUCGGACAGGUGGAUCGCUCACUUCGCGCUCCUUGUCUUUGGCUGGGAUGUCUAGCGCUAUAGCUGUCGCCUCUUCAGUAGGGAGCGAUGCGGCAGAUGACAUGACGUCGUCUCUUCCACCACGCCCGCCGCCCCGUAGGGCAACUGGACCAACUGUGCGGAAUCAUUCCAAUAGUCUUCCCCUACGGCGAGCGGACAGGACACCUUAUACCGGGCAGCAUCAGCCUCACGAUUCAGGCGCAGCGCGCGAAAUCAUACAGGUGCAAAAGCAAGUUAGGCGUCCUAAGGCCAAUUCGACCAAGUCUGAUUUCCCCCUUCUCGGCGUACCAGUUCUUGGCGAGCCACUUCCCCCGCCUUUUCGUCUUCCAGAACUGUUCAUCGAACCACCCAUACCAUCGCGCAAGUCUGGUGGGCAGAAACGGAAACACCGUAAGGGGAAGUAG